GGGACGGCGUGGAACCUGCAGAGCUGGUGGUGAAAGCGCGUGGCCGAGGCGGGCGAGAGUGGAUGCUGCAGGAUGGUAAAACAUAAGAGAAAAGGUCCCAAAGGGACAGAAAAGAAGAGUAAAAAGCAAAAGAUAACAUCAUCAGAGGAGUCACUGCAGGCAUCUGAUGCCGGGCCGGGCAAGGAGGCGACCAACCCCAAGGUGCCUGAGGCCAGCGCUGAACUGUCACCAGAGGAGAGGAGGGUCUUGGAAAGGAAACUGAAGAAGGAACGGAAAAAGGAAGAGAAAAAGCGGCUGCGAGAGGCAGGCAUUGCUGCAGCUCAGACAGCCAAAGGCCAGACCCCGCCAGCCAAGCCCUCGGCUGCCGUUCUGGCCCUGGAGUAUCUCCAAGGGUGGGCCCAGAAGCAGGAGAGCUGGAGAUUCCAGAAGACAAGGCAGACGUGGCUCUUGCUGAACAUGUAUGACGAAGACAAGGUUCCUGAUGAGCACUUCUCCACCCUGCUGGACUACCUCGAGGGGCUGAAGGGCAGUGCCCGUGAGCUGACAGUCCAGAAGGCCGAGGCCCUGAUGCAGGAGCUUGAUGAGGCCGACACCGAGGCCAGAGAUGCACAGCUGGGGAAGAUGGAGCGCCUCCGGCAGGUGCUACAGCUGCUCUCCUAACAGGAGGAGGUGGCCUUGGGUCCCGAGGACAUGCUGGCUACCUCCUCUGCGGCUGUGGGAGCAAGCAGGUCACCGGAAGGUCAUGUGCCUUGAGGACUUCCUUCCAAAGUCCUGGGAAGGACCCCCCCCACACACACACACACACACAUACCUAUACACAGUCCUGGUGCCUUGAGAGUUGAACAUGGUCUCCCGGAAACAGCUCCCAGGUGCCACUCCCAUGUGUGUGGCCCCAAGGUGGCUGUGAAUAGAUUCUAUGAAUGAAAUCUCAGAGACUGGCCCAUGCCGGCUUUCCCCAUCAGCUAGGGUUCCCUGGUGUGGGGAUGGUGGAUCUCCUACAUACUCAGUCUGAGGGCCACUGCAGUACAGCCUAACAACUCACCUGCCUACAGGGAAGCCCUGCUGGGGACUUGAAGUGUGGAUCCUGGACCUGUAUGGCCGCCAGGAGCUACUAGAGACUGCUGCCCCUUGACCCCGGCUGGCUUUCAGCAACCACGUGUUGUCCCUCAGUGUCAGGAGUAGGUCCAGCUCCUUCUCACUGGGUUGUCUCAGCCCACAUGUUGGAAGCAGAAUGACUAAGCAUUUGUGUCUGGACCCGCGUCACUGUCAGAGCACAUAACCGACUCUCAGUGAGUGAAUUUCCUGGGGACCAUAAAGAAACAUCCAUAGAUGCCAUGUAUGGAGGGCACUGACUGGCCAGAGAGGAUGUGGUGCAAGUCUAACUCAGUGAGCAUUGAGCUCACUGGGUUUGCAUGGGAGCUGUGCAGGGUCUGUCUUCAGCCUCCUGGGCUAUCCAGCCCACAGCUUUCAGAGCCCCUCACUCACAACCCCUGGGCAUCAGAGUAACUUUUACACACCCCUGGAAUAGAGCUAUAUAAAAGAGGUGUACAGAUCACAUAUUAUCUACUAGAUCAUAAGAACUUUAUUUUAAAAGCAAUUCUGAAUAUAUUUAAUUUUGUCAUUUAUUAAAGAUUUAAAACAAGUUUGCAGAGGUGUGCAACCUUGUUGCUGAGAACUGAGGGGGAGUAUGGAAAAUACUGAAAGCUUGUUUUCCAUAAACUGUCUUAAACCGUGAGGCUAAUUCCAGCUCUCAGGAGGCAGAGGCAGGCAGAUCUCUGAAUUCGAGGCCAGCCUGGUCUACAGAGUUGAGUUCAGGACAGCCAGGACUGCACAGAAACCCUGUCUUGAAAAACCAAAAUAAAGCCGGGCGGUGGUGGCGCACGCCUUUAAUCCCAGCACUCGGGAGGCAGAGGCAGGUGGAUCUCUGUGAGUUCGAGACCAGCCUGGUCUACAAGAGCUAGUUCCAGGACAGGCUCCAAAACCACAUAGAAACCCUGUCUCGAAAAACCCAAAAAAAAAACAAAAUAAAUAAAUAAAGCCCUGAGACUGAUAGCAUCAGGUCAAGGGCCAGGGAGUUUCAGGUUGCAGAUCAUGCAGCAGGAGUGCACACAUGAUGUGUUCAGGUCAUGUGACAGGAGUGCACACAUGAUGUGUUCAGGUCAUGUGACAGGAGUGCACACAUGAUGUGUUCAGGUCAUGUGGCAGGAGGGCACGCAUGGUGUGUUCAGGUCAUGUGGCAGGAGGGUGUGCACGGUGUGUUCAGGUCAUGUGGCAGGAGGGUGUGCACGGUGUGUUCAGGUCAUGUGACAGGAGGGCACGCACGGUGUGUUCAGGUCAUGUGGCAGGAGGGCACGCA